GAAGCCGCCCCAGGGUCCUCUCUCCCUGGGCCUGCCUUGGAUUUCCGGUCUGGGGGCUGGCUACCUGGCGCACCCCGCGCCGGCUCACGCCGACCCUCUGUGGCACUCCUGGCUUGUGAGAAUUACAGCACCCAUGCCCAUAGUCUGACAGAUCUCUACUAUGUGGUUCAGCUGAUCUUAAAUAUCUAGAGGUUGUAUAGGUUGUUAAAGUAGUUCCUUGGGCCUUUUCAGAGAUCCCCUUUUGGUUUAAAGGGGACAGCUAAAGUAUUUUACCAAGUUGAGCAAUCGUUGAGGUUUUCCCAAACUGAUCAGAGCCACUGAGGUGGGUAAUGUUCUAGCACUGUCCAGGCCUGGAGUGGCUGCUAGGUUGCUGCUAGCCCUAUUGGGGGACCCAAGUGGUUUCUGGACACAUUGGAGUCACAUGUGGUGUCCAACAACACCAUGUAUGGGAACACAAAACACCAAACUUGAGAUGUUUUUAAAGUGACUUGAGAGUAAUUCAUACUCUACCAAGACCAGCUCAGCGUAGAGAAGCCCACCCAGGCGGCGCUGAAGGCAUUAACAAGCAGACACCCAGAUAGAAUAGCAAAGUGCGACCAUAGGGGGCCCACAGCCCUCCAAGCUGAGAGCAUCAUGGGGCUGACAGCAUUCCGGGCUGAGGGCCUCGAACAGAUUUUGACCCACGUAUUUAUUCUCUCUGAACAGAUUGAAAAACUGAAACAGCAAUUAAAAGAAACAAAGGAAAAAGCCCAAGAGGAAAAGGAAAAAUUGGAACAAAAGUAUACCAGGCAAAUCAAUGAACUAGAGGGACAGUUCCAUCAAAAAGCCGAAGAAAUCGGCAUGAUUCACACAGAGCUGAAAACAGUAAGACAAUUCCAGAAGAGAAAAAUCCAAGUGGAGAGAGAGUUAGAUGAUCACCGACUAGAACAAGAGGCUGAAAAGAAGAUAGUAAUGCUGGCAGAGAGAGCCCACCAUGAGGCUAUUGUGCAAUUGAACGAUGCUGGAAGAAAUGUUUUUAAAGAGAAUGUUUAUCUCCAGAAAGCUCUGGCAUAUCACCUGAAGGAAGCUGACACUCUACAAAAAAACUCCCAGAAGCUGCAAGAGAGUCAUACUUUACUUUUACAUCAAAAGGAGAUCAAUGAUCUGUUGGUUAAGGAAAAGAUUAUGCAACUUAUCCAGCAGAGAUCACAAAUCCAAACCCUUCAGAAGAAGGUACUAAGCUUGGAGACUGCUCUGAGUCACAUGACCAAAGAGUUUGAGAGCGAAGUUUUAAAACUGCAGCAACAAACAAUGAUAGAGAACCGAGCAAGUCAGGUAGAAAUUGAUAAGCUGCAGCACCUUCUUCAGAUGAAGGACAGGGAAAUGAAUCAUGUGAAGAAGCUGGCCAAGAACAUACUGGAUGAGAGAACAGAAGUGGAAAGAUUCUUUUUAGAUGCUCUACACCAAGUGAAGCAACAGAUCCUAGUUAGCAGGAAGCAUUAUAAGCAGAUAGCACAAGCUGCUUUCAAUUUAAAAAUGAGAGCAGCAUGUGCAGGAAGAACAGAAUAUCCCAAAAUCAGAACAUUUGAUGGCAGAGAACACAGCACCAAUAGUGUGAAUCAGGAUCUUCUGGGGGCUGAAAAAUGGACACAUAUUGAAGGAAAUGUGGAUAUUGGAGAUUUGACCUGGGAGCAGAAGGAAAAAGUCUUGAGAUUGCUCUUUGCAAAAAUGAAUGGCUGUGCUUCUAGGAAAUAUAACCAGAGUUCUAGGCCUCCAGUUCCAGAUUAUGUUGUUUCUGACAGUGGAGAAACAAAGGAAUUUGGGGAUGAAAGUAAGCUUCAAGAUCAAACCUUUAUCACCCAGCAAGUUCCAAUAUCAGACUCUUCUGAUAAAGUGGUGCUACCCACUAUUCCAAAAGGAUCUCAAGAGUCUGACACAGUAACCUUCUGAGAAGCACUGAUUAUGACCCCACAGAUGCUGCUGGCAGGCCCUUCCUUGCAGAAUCCUUGCUCUUGAAUAUCUUUAAGAAAAUUUCUUAAAGGAAAAGACAAGAAUUUUAACUCAAAAGUUACCUGUUUGCCAUAGAAAUUGGUGUCUCCUCUGAAGGAUGAUCGAGAGCCGGUGAAUGAGAACAUUGGCAAAGGCACUGGAAUGGGAACAUUCACUCCCACCUAAAAGAGAACAAAUCUAUGUAUCCUAAGGGCAAAGGAACUCUCAUUUAGAAGCACCAGUUUCCAAUACCCACCUUCUUCCCCAUCCUCUACCUCAUGAACUUUCAUUCCUGAGGAAGGAAACAGGGCACUGUGGGAGGUCAUGGAGGCAAUCUUAAACCAAUGACUCACCAUUAUUUACAGUUUCCUCUUAGGAAAUAGAAAAUGGAUAUAAGAAUCUCUAAAAAAUUCUGUUGACAAACCUGUCCAACAUCCACCAGGUGGGCAUAUUUCCGAGCAGUGGCUCCAUUGGUGGUGAAAAUGGCAGUUCCAUUUCCAUAUGGGUUGUUAUUUACAAUCUGGAUGGCUUCAUCCAAUGUUUCUGUCUCCAGAACCACAAGAACUGGACCAAAAAUCUCCUCUUUGUAACAGGUCAUAUUUGGCUGCCAGGAAGGAUGCAUCGAGAAAAGAAGUCAGCUUUUUGGAUUCUGAGUAUUUUAUGUUUAUUUGGUACUUUGACUUACUACACAUCAUUUACAUGGACAACUUUCAUAUUAUUAAUCUCUUUUCAUUUCAAAUCACCUACUUUUUUAAAAAAAAGUCCUCUCUUAACUGUGUUCCAUCUUCCAAGCUACCAAUCAUAUAAACAACUUGGAAUUCCUAUCAAUAAUAACCACACUUCCUUUAAGGUACUGUAUUUUUAGUUCAUGACCCAUCAUUAGCUUCCUUUUUAAUACCUGAACAACUUGUUUCAUCCAAUUGUUAUCAAAAAGUUACAUGGAAAUUUAUUUUUUAUAAAACCAAUAUAUAUUAUACCAGAAGAAUUUUUCUUUUUAUAGAAACCCAAGCUGUUUUCUGUAACAUAAAUAAUCCAUUCUUAUUCACUCCUUCCUCUGCCUCCCAAAUAAGUCUGUAUGUUUAUAUUUUGAUAUCAGGUCAACCUGAACACUCAAAACAUCACUGUAGCUAAUGUUUGUUGCUGAUAAACGGAUUUUUCUGUAUAGUUCUGUGGCAAGAGAUUUCAUAAUUUCUGCUACACUUAAAUUCAACAGUUGGUGCUUCACUAUUAUAUAUGAAUUUCAAAAAAAACUUCAUAACCUCAAUUUUUAAGUCGUAUUAGCUGAGAGACUUUCAAAGUUUUGAUAAAUAAAAAUUAACAAGUCAA